AUGAGCAGCUUCUGCACUUGUACGAAGAAAGGUUUUCACUCUCCGAAGCCCUAUGGAAGCAACCCUGCCCUGCUUCACAUAGAUGGUGUCUCUGAUGACGAACUUCGUGAUCAACUAUUCGUCGCCAGAGAAGCGGGAUGUAUCGGUAUUGUUGUUGAGCUUGUGGAAACCCAAUUCAAUGGGAGAGUCUUGAAUCCCAGUCUUCUCAGCCGGCUGGGCGUCAUGUGCGCAGAGUACCAAUUACUGUUAGCAGUAGAUGAAACUCUGACUGCCAUACGUUGCGGUGCACCAUUUUGCUUCCAACGGGAGGAGUACUUCGAUGUUAUCUCCCCCGAUCUCGUCUUUUUUGGCAAGGCUACUGGCUCUCAGGGAAUCGCCAUCGGCUUUGAUGGGCAAUUUGUCAAAAGAUUUGGGCUCUUGGGGAGUUCACGCAGUCGAGCUGUUCGUAAGUGGCAAAACAACUUCCAGAAGCCACUGCCGACUGCAGACCUCAUUCAGGCCAUGACCACAAUCGAGAUUGCAGUUCAGGGGAACUUUGUGAUGUUGAGUAGAAUUAUCGGACAGGCUAUUCGCGACUUUGUCCUCGAUCAGGCAGCAGAACGAGGACAUGAGGUGACUCCUCCUGAAAUUCUUGGAGGGCUAGAGAGCCUAAUCUUUGUCAGAAAGGAUAUUGCUGGAGAGAUGCUGGUCAUGGGCGCGAAAACGGCUGGUUCGUGGAUACCUUGGGUUAAGUGGCUCCCCAGGCUUGAGAAAGAUAUGACGAGAAGCGAGGUGCUCGAAGAAAUCAUUGCAUCAAACUCUAAUUCGGAUGCUACGAUGCCUUAUUCCGACGAUCUUCCGCAGACAAGAACCCCUCUGCUGGGCAACAAUGGCCAGUCGGAGGUAGCAGCUAGAAUACGUUCAACUUCACGCAGUGUUAAAAAUCAGAGUAGCAGGGCGGUGUCUUUCAUCGUCCACAUCUUCCGGGGUGGUCUCUUCUCUCCACCAACCUUGACAUACGACCCACUACUCUUGCUCCUGAAUCAUGACGACCAGGACGAAAGAAACAGACUCACUGAGAAAUGGAAGGACAACAAGCUGCAAGAGCUUAACUUCGUAGGCGUGGUAUCCGCUCUGCUCGCAAAUGUCCUCACAUCGACCGGUUCAUGGCCGAAUCUUCUGCCCCCUGAAACGACCACUCCCUGGCCUGUACGGACCUGCUGGUUCUGCGGUAUCGCUUUUGCCCUUGCCAGUGUGUUGACAGCGGCAGACCAGACAAUUCGGCUCCAUAGAAUGGCCGGACAUAGGGAUGGCUUGGUUCUCAUCAGACAGUCUCUGCGCACCCAAGAUCGGGUUUUGAUUGGCACUGAGUGGAAGUACCGCCCUCGCAAAAUGCAAGUCUACGCCUGGCAGUUGUCAGUUCUGUUCCUGGCAGGCGCGGUUCUCUGCAUGAUCUCAGGGAUGAUCUUCUUGGUUUGGAGCGCUGUUGCCGAAGACAUCGGCAGAGGAAAGGGUUUUGAUGACAACGGCAAGGUUGCUGUGAUAUUCACAUCAUUCGCCCUAAUCACAGCCAUCAUCUUCGCACUGGGUCAAACAACGCUGUACUACCCGGUACCGAAGGGAGGCGACAUUGAAGAUAGUGACUGA